AUGCCCUGCUCAAACUGCGUUAAGGCAGAUGAAAUAUGCAGGCCUUCUACAAGAGUCCGAAACCGAAGGAAAUAUCGAACCAAGGGCUACCUCCAGGAGCGGUUAGCACGAUGCGAAGAACUUCUACAGAAAUUUUCAGACGGCAUAGACACAGGACACCAAACCAGCCGGGCAACGGGACAAUUUCCAGGUGACGACACCGAUGAGGCAUACCUUUCGGAGGUAUCGUCCUCUCAAGAUGGUGAGCACGGCAAGCGGGAGCACGCAUAUGAGUUGAUCGAUGAUGAUGGCGUUUCCAGAUUCACAGAUAGCUACAUAUGGGCUACUCUGUAUACAGAACUACGGGCAAUGCGAGAACUUGUUGAAAACGACGAGGCAGACGACUCCAGUAGUGUUGACACUGAGAGUAUAUUAUCAAGUCAUGGCUUGGGUCUAAUACGAGGCGGCGACCUAUCGGCACCUAGCUCUGACAAGUACCUGCCAAGCCCUACACACGUUUUCAAGCUAUGGCAAAUCUUUCUAGACCGUGUCAACCCAUUGUUUAAAGUGGUACAUGCACCUACCAUCCAGCCCAUUAUCAUUAAAGGCGCGACGAGCUUAACAAGCCUUCCCCAAUGCCAUCAAGCGUUGAUCCUAUCUAUUUACGCCACUGUAACGCUGUCCUUGACUGAGAAAGAGUCUAUUGACCUGCUAGACAUACCUCGAGACUCCGCGAUUCAGGCUUUUCUAGGAGGUGCGAGGGCAGCUCUAAUGCAGUUCAACUUCCUGAAGAACUAUAGCAUGUUUGCUCUGCAGGCCCUUGUCCUCUUCGUGCAUUGUCUUCAAGGACGGUGCGAUAGGCAUGCGGCUUAUAUUUUGUGCGGAGCCAUUGUUCGAAUAGCACUAAAAAUGGGCUAUCAUCGGGACGGUGAAAUACUCCAGUUAGAUCCGUAUGAGACCGAGAUGCGUCGCAGACUUUGGUGGCAGAUCAUGAUUCAAGAUUCCAAGUACGCCAUGCUUUCUGGUGUUACCCGGUCUUAUCAGCCGUUUUUCUGGGACACCAAACUGCCCAGCAACAUCAACGACGCAGACAUCUUCCCAGGCUGUUCUGGUACGAUUAAGGGGCGGGAAGGGCCAACCGAGAUGGCAUUCGUCUUGGUAUUGGCCGAAAUACAUCACUUCAAAAUCUCUAUAGAUAAAAGCAAUUACGGUGCAGAAUUUGAGGCGGCCAUCCUAGGAGAGAUGCAACCAGAUGACGAAACAUCUACCGCUCGCUACAAUGCAACUCUUGCUGCACUUCAAAGACAAAUCGACAGCCUGGAUAAGAGAUUACAAACCAUCGAACGAUGUUACAUAGAUGAAAACGCCGGCAAUCACCACAAGGCUGCCAAAGCUAUCCGACAAAUGUUGCGUGCUCGAACAGCGGACAUGACACUGCCAUUUUACGACCAGCCAGAGUACGGUAUCGAGAUUUUCGGGCCAAGAGAUGUCUUGUUCAAAAUGAUGGUGCUUGAAAUUGAGCAAAGGAUUGACGAAUACGAAUUCAUGGGCAAAUGUGGAUUUCUCUGGUUUUUCAAGCCAUAUUUCCAAUAUGAUAUACUCCCUGUCAUAACUGCUCAGCUCUGUCAACGACCUACAGGCAGUUUGGUAGAAAGAGCCUGGGAUGGUAUAGAGAAGCUCUAUGCUUAUCACACCGAUUUACUCGAUGGCCUACAAAGCGAGCAUAUAACCCAGGGCAAGGUAGUUUUGAGAGCUUGGAAAGUACGUGAGGAGGGGUUCAGACAGACCGGGCAGCAUUUACAGAAGCCUCAGUUCAUCCUACGCUUACAAGAGCUUGUGACAAAGGAUACUGAAACAAUGAGUAAUACUGCGCCAUCACUGUCAAAUAAGGACGAUGAAAUCCAAGUCGCGGCGCUACUUCAGGGGCAAUAUUCACUUCCGCCUCUACAGAGUUCUGAGCGGCAGCACCACCAGCAACAACAAAGAAUGACGCUGCCCAUAUCUAUGGAAGAGGUGUUUGGCACGGCAGGCAUGAACUGGGAAAUUGUUAGACACAUUGUAAACGGCCCAGAUUAUCGUCCUUCGUACGCUGUAUGUGACAGUGAGUUCGACGGUAUCUAA